AUGGUAUCCGUGGUAACUAAAGUUGAUACAGCACAUCGUGAUAUCAUUCACGAUGCGCAGAUGAACUAUUAUGGUACACGACUAGCGACAUGUUCCAGUGACCGACUGGUCAAGAUUUUUGAGUUGAAGCCAUCAGGACAAACGUAUCCAUUGGCUGAAUUGAGCGGGCACGAUGGUCCAGUAUGGCAGGUCGUUUGGGCACAUCCGAAGUUUGAUAAUAUCUUAGCAUCGUGCUCCUAUGACAAGAAAGUGAUAAUUUGGAAGGAAAUAUCGGGGAAAUGGCAAAAACUCUACGAAUGGAAUCAGCACGAAGCGAGUGUCAAUGCAAUCAGUUGGGCUCCACAUCAGUUUGGCUUGAUUCUAGCGUGUGCAUCCACAGAUACAACUAUCUCACUACUCACUUAUGUUCCAGAAACAAACACGUGGACAUCGAGAAAAAUCCUCAAAGCUCAUGAGCAGGGUUGCAAUGCAGUUUCGUGGGCACCAGCUAUGCAUUCUCAAUCAAUCGUAGAGCCGGAAGCGAGUCCGAUGCCCAAAAGAUUGGUGUCUGGAGGAAAUGAUAACCUGGUGAAAAUAUGGAACGUGGGCACCGGCUGUAGCUCAAUCAGUCAAUACGANUUGAAAGGACACACAGAUUGGGUGCGUGAUGUAGCGUGGGCACCGGCUGUAGCUCAAUCAGUCAAUACGAUAGCGUCUUGUGGGCAGGAUCGUAAAGUGAUAAUUUGGCGUUGUGCAAGUGUCGAUGAUGGUCAGUGGAGUGCAAAGGAAUUAUGUGAUUUCGACGAUGCGCUAUGGCACGUCAGUUGGUCGUUAUGCGCCAAUAUCCUUGCUGUUUCUGGUGGCGAUAAUAAGAUAUCACUCUGGAAAGAGAAUUUGCAAAAUGCUUGGAUCCGUAUUUCAGAAACAGAAGAAGAGAAAAAAGAUGGUUGA